UGAAUAUGUUCUUUAUUUGUUAUUGUAAGUUAGAAUUCUAGAAUCCCAAAUAUAAAGUAGAGGCCAAUCUCCAGAUUGGAUGGGCUGGGUGCCUCACACCUUCCUAAUCCGUGUUUUGAUUCCCGGACUUGAAUCUCUGAAAUUUGGACCAGUGUUACGUUUGGGUCCCAACUCCCUAAGUUGGGUGGCGGCUUCGAUAAUAAUAAUUUCCACGUGAUUCCCAUUUUGGAUAUUUAGAGAUCUUAACCGAUUUCGACGAUAUCUACAAAUGGUAUCAAGAAUGGGCUCAUCCUUAUGUGGAAAAUUUGGAUUCGGAGGCGCAGAGACAUUUCAAGAAUGCAGAGAAAGCGAGUUCAAAAUCAAAGGCAUCAAUGAAUGAAAAAAGAUGAUUGGGAGAAGAUGGUGGUCGAACGAGUUAAUUGGGUGGUCAAGGACAUCAUCCGUAUGAUUAAUUUGGGUGAGGACUUAACGGUACCUGAACAAAGAUUACUCCAGAAUCGAGUUAAAGGCAUAAUAAUCCCUGGGGAAGGAGGUUUAUAUGCUUAUGAAGAGGACCGACCAAGAAGAGCUAAAAGGGCUAGAUCUCCUUCUUCUAGCGAUGACUCGGACACUCCCCUCCCCCUGAACAAGUUCAAUCUAAGCAAGGAAAAGGCGGUCGAGGUGGUCGAGGUGAAAAAGGUGGCCGUGGUCGAGGUGAAAAAGGUGGUCGUGCUGAAACAAGUGCAAAUGGUGGCCGUGCUGGAACAAGUGAUCGAGGUGGACGUGGUGGAGGUAAAAAGACUCCAAUUCAAGGUGGCAGCGGUCGAAGUAAAAAAUCUAGAGUUGUGGAAAAAGUUGUGGAACAUGAGAAAGAGGACGAUUUGGAUGCGUUUAUGCGCUCGUCUUCGGAGGAGGCAUCAAGUGAAUGACUAUUUACUCGAUUUUUAUUAUUUUACUUCAUGGAUCUUUUAUUAUUUAAGACUUUGUUUAUUUACUAUUUCUGUUGUUUGGUUAUGGAUUUGGAUGGAUGAAUUUUUCAUAACUUUGCAUGUAUGA